AGGUGCCAAAUAUAUUUCUUCCAAGCCGAGUGUCGGAUAGGUUUUCUACUUCGUUCUUUUCCACUCCCCGGUGCGUGUGAUUUGGUCAUCUCUGUCGAUGGCUCUUCACGGUGGAGUCGUGCCUCUGUUCUUAUCUUUAUUCGCCUCGCUUUUGGUUCUGCCGCACGCUGCGUUAUCCGCUCACUCGAGGCUUUUUGCGGACCCCCGCUUGCGGGCGAUUUGAUUCUUUGCUUCACGCACCAAACAGUCCAGCACCACCGUUUAGUCCUAACUGCUUUACUUAGACCUGUUAACGCGCACCACCUCCUGCGUAUAUCGAGUACACCUCAAAAUGACAAGUAGAGAAGACCUGCAGGAGGCGUCAGCGUUUGUGAGGCACAGAGAUGACGCUGCAGAAGUGAGCCAUCUGCCCGCCGACACGCGCGAUACGACGCCUGCUGGCACAGCCGCGAACGAGCCGUUCGGGGGCAGCGAGCCGUUCGCGAACGACAACGGCCCCAACGCAAAGAACGACGCGGCGGAAUUGUCGAUCGACGAUGUAGUGAGCAACAUCAUCAUCCACAGCGACAGGCCGAUCGAAAACCUGCCAGUCCUCGAGGCGCCGGAGCUGAAGCUGAUUGGGCGCUGUGUGAGUCUGUGCGCGAAGGUGCGGGUUGGUGAGGCAGAAGAGGUCUUCUACUACACCGGGCUCGUGGCGAGUGUGACCUUCGCCGCCGUGGCCCUUAUGCACGUCAACCGCUACACCCGCUCCGACUUUAAGGAGUACGUGGCCCGCGAGAGGGCAAUCACCAAGGGUGGGAUGCCUGCACUGACGACGACCGGCACGGCGCCGGCGAGAGGCAGCGGUCUGCCCUCCCACGGCUACACCACCAAAGGGGAGGUCGGCGUGGGGCAGGACGGGGAGCUGGUUAGCGGGCAGGAUGCUACGGCACUGCUCAUGAUGGAUGCUGCCGGCAGCCUCGCGCCGGCGGUGCGGCUGUACACCGAGGCGGAGAUCGAAGCCGAGGUGGCUGCCGGCUCGCCCAACCAGCCCAACCCAGCGGACGCGACACCGUCGUCGAUGCGGGCGCUCCGGCACAAGGGCUUCCGCACGUGUGACACGUCGGUGGGCCCAAUUCCUUACAUGACCUUUCCGCGCAAGAGCAUCCACGAUGUCCACUUCGGCCGCGACCCGUGCAGCGGCUUCUACGCCCUCUUUCAGGAUCCCGCCAACGAAAUCGGCGAUAUGCAGUAUCUGCGCACGUUUGUACGCCGCUACCUCGUCCAUACAAGCGAGGGCAACAACCCACGCCAGGUGCCGCUGUACCCCUUCGUCACGGUGCGCUGCGCCUGCCCCAACGUCGAUCGUGACCUCGUCAACCGAGUCGCGCAUGAGGAGCUGCCCGGUCUCAUGAACGCCGACAGGGCCAUCACGAAGGAGAAGCAGCACCAGCGCAGCCGCGCGAUCCGGCGAGAGCAGGCCAUACAGGCCUACCAGGCACCCCCCGGCAUCUUCGCCCACACCGGCGUGCUCUACGUGACGCGUUUGCCACAGCUCACCUUCCUCACCGCCCUUGCAGUCCUUUUCUUCGUAGUUGUCUUCGCCGUUUACCUUGGCGUGAGCAUCGGCGUACUGAACGAUCCUCUUAUCGUGUCCUACGAGCGGCAGCAACUGCGCUUUUUUGUUCCGUCGAUUGUGGUGUGGGCCGUCGCCGGUGUGAGUAUCCUGCUGCACAGCCUCUAUGCCCGUGUGCCGCUGCGCACCUCGCUGGUGGUGAUGUGCAUGCGCUGCAUCUGGACCGUCGGUGCCGUCGCCUGUGCGUUGAUGGUGGUUGGGAUUAUUGCGGAGAGACUCAAAAGUGAGACGCUGUUCAACUUUAUGAAUGCGGCAGACCCGGUCGAGCUGUGCAGCUUCUACAUGCGUUACGAAUGCAGCGGUUUCUGGAACACGUGCCUUGGUAGUGGAGACCCCAUGUGCCGCGUUUCUUGUACACCAGUACCACCACAGUUUUUCGAUGAGGCCUGCUAUCCAGAUCUGUGGAACCGCGUGCAACUUCAGCUGGUCCCCCUCAUCGUGUUCGAUGUGUUUUUGCUCUGUCUCUUUCUCUAUUCCAUCUUCGUGCUAUGGAAGCUGUGGUCCACCGCCAACGAGAUCAGUGCACGAGUGAACUAA